AUGCGAGCGCAGAAGCAAGCCGAUGUCGGACUCGGUGCAGUCGGAGCAGCUUUGCAAGUUCUCUCGCGAGGAUUCGUUCAAAGCGCCUCGCGCAGCAGCAUCCGGCAGCGCCGUGGUGAUUCGGAUGCAUCUUUGUACGAGCGAGAAUCCAGCGCCAGCUAUGCCACGCGACAAAGCAGCAGACGCCAUUCGGGCGGAAGGCGAUCCAUUGGAAAUCUCUUCCCGCUCACAGGUGCUGGCAAUGCCAAGCAGAUGUUACACAUUGCCUCUCGCAUUUCGAAGGAUGUGAACUUGUUGUAUGCAACCAAAGCAGAGCUUGAGCAGCAAGCAGAGGAAGCUCGAGAGCAGCAGCAGGCAGAGGAAAAUGCGGUCGCCUUUACGACGAGCUUCAUCAAUGAGCCUGUUCAAGAGGAGGGCUCCGUCCAGGACAGCACAGGCAGCAGUACACCUCAUUCAGAACAAAACGAGGAAGACAAUGUCGUGGAACUUGAUAGCGAUCUCGAAGACUAUGACCAUGAAGCAGCCGGAGAACGCAUAGGUUCAAUGCUGCAAAACUUAAAGUGCCAAGAUCGCAUCGAGAUCAUGGACUCACUACAUAGCUUCUAUCAAAACCGAAAGCACAUCGUGGAGACAGAGAUGGCCGAACUCGAGACUCUGGAAAAGGACUUCUACGACAGGGAUGAGGAGACCAAGGAGUCCUCGAACAGUAUGGUGAAGGCCUUUGAAUCGAAAGGCAUGACAGAGGUACAAGUACUUGUCAAGUGCAGCGCGACCCUCCAAGCGGGUGCCAAUGGCACCUUCCGCAAGCGGCAGAAGUUCUCAAAGGCUGCCAAGAGUAGAGCUGCACCGAAGAAGAAGGUCACCAUGAUACAGGAGCCAGAAGAGAAGGAGCCAAAAGCCGAAGCUGGCGCGGCCAGGCCCACGUUUCUCGAGCUUUUCGGGGCGGACGAGGACAAGGAAGAGGCCCUAGAGGAAGCACCAGAGGAAGAGGAGGAGCUGCCUGAAGUCGUCGUGAAUGAGGAGGACUUGAAGGAUCAAGAUGUUUGGGAUCUGAAUCGUGCUAAGGAGCUAUGGAGCCGGAUGAAUGAGAAGGCCGGGAAGGUGGCUGGCGGCAAAGGGUCGGCAAUCGAAAUUCUUCAGGCGAUGGUGGUGGUCCAGGAAGGCAAUGCGGAGUUGCAGCGAAGAUCCGAGCUGGCCAAGAAGGCUACAGCCACGAUGAAUGCAGCCGUCGAUUUUCUCACGCGCAAUUUCAAGGCAGGCAUACUCCUGGACUUCGACAGUCCCUCGCCGGAGGAUGAAGCCAUGGUUGAGUAUGUGAAAAGGCUGCACAAGAAGCUUUUCUCGGAAAUCGAUGUGGGUGACCUUGAAGACGUGCCUGAUGCGGAGGAGUUGGAGGAGGAAUGCCAGGAGCUCGAGAGAAUCCUGGCGGAACAGGAAAAGGACAUCGAAGCCUUUCAGAAGCAGCGAGAAGAGAAGGAAAAGUCGCAGGAGGAGGAGCAAGACGCCAAGCUGGAGAAGCUUUUGGAUGAUCAUUCCGAGCCGGACCGUGGCGAGGAGAGUUCCCGAUCAACUUCCAAGCAGAACAAAUCUGCUGUCUUGGAUGCACGGCUGGAGGGCCUUCAGAUCCAGGGAGCUCAGCCGAAAGCAAGUGCCGCGCAAAGGAUGAAGCAGGCAGCCAGGACAGCAGCCGCCCUUUCCACACUGAACAGGGAUGCACCCGCUGGAAGUGCCGGAGCUCGCCAUUUCCAUUCGGUCGAGGAUUUCAAGGAUGACCCCAAGGUCAAGAUGCUGCGUGAGCACAUUGCGACAAAGGACGGCCAAAUCGAGCAAGCCCGGAAGCUUCUGAAACGAAUGCGCUUUGAGCGGCGACUCUUGCACUACUGUCGGAAGAAGGCCAAGAAAGGAUUUGACAGCAUCGUGCAGGAGUUUGAACCACCGAGCCUUGACGACAUACCGUCUGCAGAUGAUGUUUCCGAAGAAUCUGCCAGUGAGGCGGAGGCGGAGCCGCCGUCGGAGAAGGAGGCGCCCGAGCCAGCGGCUCCCGAGUCGGGGCCGACUCGGGCCGAUGGACGUUUGGAGAGUGAAAAGGCUGCAGAGGUCCAACCAGAUGCAGAGGCCCCAGUGCCAGCGCGGCCAGCCUCAGCUAGACCAUCGAGACCAGAAAGUCCGGGCAGUCCGGGCAGUCCGGUGAGCCCAGCGAGUCCACCGGAGCGCAAAGCGCCACCCAGCCUGGCGAGCAAAAUCCUCGGUCUGAGCACCAAGAGCAACGAGGGACUGGAGAUAGAAGAGCAGCUGAAGAAAGAGGUCGAAGACCUGCAAGCAGCCUUGUCUGAGAGCUCCAACAGCCUUCGAGAGGAGAAAGUGCGCCAGAAAACAUUGCGCAAGGAGAUCAAGGACCUUCGCAAAGAGUUCCACCAGCUCUCUUCAAGCGAUCAAGAUGCUCCCAAGACUCUGGAAGGUCUGCAGGAGCAGAUCAAAUUUGAGGAGAAGGUGUACCGUGACCUCCAAAAUCAGAUAGACGAGCUCAAGACUCAAGUUGGGCAAAAGUCGAUCAACAAAAGCGACCAGGAUCAGCAGCAGGCCAUAGAGGGCCAUGGGCGGCCGAACCUGCUUGAACAACCGGACGACAAUGGGCCGUCAAGGCAGACGAGCUCUCGGGGAGAUCUGUCAAGACCAGCGAGUGCAAGAGAGCACGCGGAACAGUCGAGACCAGCCAGCGCCAGAUCCAGGCCACCCAGCGCCACCGGCGACAGGUCCCCAAGCCCAUCGGGAGCCAACGAGUCGCUCGUGGCGGGUGCCCCUCAGAGAGCCUCGAGCACACGGGCUGAGCCUACCGGCUCUCUCAGUGCGAGGCCCGAGCACCUGGCGAGGUCGCUCAGCGCCAGAGCCGACCUUCCAGCUCGGUCUCCAAGCGCGAGGUCAGCUCCUUCGAGACCUCCCAGUUCGAGGAGCAUCCACGAAGCUGGUACUGGGACAGGCGAGGAGGGCCAAGACGAGGUCACCGAGGAGCUUGAAGCACAUUCAGCUUCCAGAGCUGUGGAUUCGGAGCUGCCAAGCGGGGCUGCAUCGGAUGCAGAGCCCGACAAGGUGUCUCCAGGCAGGGCAGGUCUCGAGCCCAACAGCGAAAUCGCGGAGCAAAGGGAGGCCGAGGCGACCGUCGCGCCCGGGAGCUCCCCUGGCCCUGGCUCCAAGACUCGACCUCCAACUGCAGAAGGCUUCGGCAUGUCCGUGCAGGAGGAGGCGACCACCUCAGUGGCAGAACUCGUAAAAGUCCAAGCACGGACAGAGGAAAUGCGGGGGGAAAUCCACGACAUCGAUUCGAAGCUGAAGAAAUUGAAGGCUCUGCUGAAGAGUAAGGGUGAUAUCGACAUCGUGGCUGCUGUGCGUGAAGUCCUGGGCUUGGUUCAUGAGGAGGAGGUCAAGGCGCCCCCUGCGUACCAUCAGUGCAAAAGGGAGCUCAAGGAGCAGCAAGACAAGAUUCGAUUACUCCGCAAGAAAUGGUGGGAUGACCACCGCGAUUUCGACGGCCUGGUGGAGAAGGUUCGCAAUCAGAUGGGUGGAAAUCGUCAAAUAUUUGCGGAAGCAGAGAGCAAGGAGCUAGCUGUGCGAGGAACAGAACAUGCUUCUGCUCCUGUCCGUUCCGGCUUAGCAGACUCUGGCUUGAGUGCUCCUGAUGCUUCGGAGGCACAUACAAGUCAGGGCUUCCGAGGGUCGGCCAAUGCACCAUCUAUCAGGCCCCCGUCCAAAGAGCCAAGCACAGCGCCACAGCCCAGUUCGAGCGGGAACCGAAGGCAGGGAGAAGCCAUGAGUAGUGCAGCCCACUUUUCAUGUCAUUUGCGUGCGGCACCCGUUUUCUCACCCUGGGCUCGAGGCUUAGAGCCAGGUGUUUUCGUUUUCCUCAGGCCUUCCAUGUAA